AUGAAAAGAGACGCAGACACACGGGGCCGCAGCAUCUUCUCUGGACACAGGGCUCACGGAGCACACACUGCUGAUGCUCAGGAGGCUGUGGAGGGCGCACAGCACACAGGGGGUUUCCGGGUUACGGCCAGCACUUUUUCUCCAGAGUUUGACUGCGCUUUGUUUUGGUCUCGUUUGAGCAAAAGAAAAAAAGGUCUUUGGAGGAGAAGUUCUCUAAACAAGCUUCUUUAUAAGAUGGUGCAGCCCCAGCCCGAUGGGACCAUGCAGUGGGACAUGUCUGCAGAGGACAGUGGGGGGUUCCUGAGGGUGCCCCCAGAGCUGGCAUCCAAUGAAGUGGUGACGCGACUCCUGUGUGACAACCAGCAGCUCAGGGAGGCGUUGCGUCGCAGUAACGUGGCCCUGGGUCAGCGCUGUGAGGAGAUGGAGAGCUGGAAGAGGAAAACCAAAGAGGAGAGAGAGUUCCUGAGCUGCCGCUUCCACGAGGCACGGGCCCUGGUGGAGAGGCUGGCCCAAGAGAAUCAUUCACUACAGAGUCUAGUGAACACCAGCUCCAGCCACUGCUGCAGCUCUAGCCAAACAGAAGAGCAGAGAGCAGCCAGGAACGGGCCGCUGGAAGCCACACAGAUUUUAGAUUGUCGAGAGAAGAAGCGAGCAGAGGAGAUGGAUCAGCACACACAGACCACUCCUGCGCGCAGCCUGCCUGUGGAGGGCACAAACAACGUCCUACAGUUCCUCAAAAGUCACAAAGAAACGCUGGAAGAAGGAAUGAAAGACCUGAAGAGGAGGAAUGAGGAGCUGGAGCGAGAGCGAAAAGAAAGCGAGAAAGAGAAGGAGCGAAUGAGGAGGUUCAUCGAUCAACUCGGAGGGAAGCUAGCACUGGCACAGCAAACAAAUGCAGCGACAGAGGAAUCACACCCACACCGCUCUGAAGCACAGCACUCCUCAGACUGGUAUCGGGAGCUGGAGGAGAAGCUGGAUUAUCUGCAGAAAAGUUCAGCCCAAAGAGACAAGACUGAGGUGCUGCUCAAACAGAAGGACAAAGACUGUGCACAGAUGGCCAAAGACUGCGAGGCGCUGAAGGCCCAGGCCACGUCUUUGUUGGAAGAGCUGAAGGAGAGACAGAGCUGGUUGGACAAGAGUGAACACGAGCGCAAAGUUCUGGAGGAAAAACUGGGCAGUAAGCAGAAGGCCCUGCAGGCGGUGGAGCGUGAGCUGGAGCAGCAGAGGACUCAGCAUCAUGUGGCUGUGGACAAACUACUGCUGCAAAAACAGAGUCUGGAACAAGCCCUGAAGACCGAGAGACACACGGCCACAGAAGACAAGAAAAAGCUGACUCAGCUGCAGCACGCAUACACAUGUUUGUUCAGAGAUUAUGAUUCUAAACUCAAGUCCGAGGGUGGAGACCUGUGCUCGCGUCUGGAGGAGGCUGAACGCGCUCUGGCUCUAAAACAAGAUCUGAUCGACAAACUGAAGGAAGAGGUGGAGCAGCAGAAAGGAUCAUUAGAGACCGUGCCAGUGCUCACAGCCCAGGCAGAGAUCUAUAAAGCAGACUUCUUGGCGGAGCGAGAGGCGCGAGAGAAACUGAACCAGAAGAAGGAAGAGCUGCAGGACCAGCUGAACCAGGCGGUGGGGGAGAUCGAGCGGCUCAAACAGGAGGCCACCUCACGCGCAAGGAUCGAGCAGAUGAAGCUCAGACACUUGGAUGAUUUCCCAUCUCGAGCUUCUCACAUUGCUCAGCCUGCAGGCGUGUUCCCGUUCAACACGGCUCCUCCACCAUCCCGUGGGUCGGGCAUGGGAGACCAGGCCUCAGCCUCAGAGGACAUCCCCGAUCUGUGCUGCCCCAAAUGCAAAUACCAGGCCCCAGACAUGGACACGCUGCAGAUACACGUGAUGGACUGCAUCACCUUUUAA